CCGCGCGCGCCCUCCCUCCCUCCCUCCCUCUCCCCCCCCUCCUCGUCUCGUUCUCCCCCAUCCACCACCGGUGGCAACCACUUCCGACGGCGUCACCACCCCCGGCCGGAAGUCCCUCCUUGCCCUCCACCUCCAGCCAACGCAGAGCCGCCCCCUUCUAUCUUUUUCUCUCUUCUCCUUUUUCCGUGCGCCGACCUUCUCCACCGGCGGCGCUUCACCUCCGGCGACGUUCCACCUCCGGCGCUGCCUCCUCCGCCUCUGCUACGUCAAAUCUGCUGGAAGAACACGAACUCAGUACUGCUUUUCUCGAGGGAGGAAGCUGAUUGUUGAUCACAAAAGCAUUGGACAGGAUCGGGGUGUGGGAUUUGUGUGAACGGUGUAACGACUGGAUUACUGUGUCAGGGCUCAUUAUUGUGUUACCAUGAAAACUGCUGAUAAGCAACGUAGAACAACUGUAGGUGCAUGUAAAAAGAAUGGACUUGACUGCACUAAAUCUGGAACCAAGAAAACUGCCAGGCAGAGACAGAAAGCUACAGAGAAAAACAGCACUGAAGCUACUGGACAACUUGUGCCUUCUCGAAAUCAACCAUCUCCUCUGCAGACCCUGGUUAUGCAAACUAGUAAUCAGGCAAUAUUACCAGGAAAUUCUGUGCCUAUGUCGAAACAAUAUCCACAAUGUUCUGGGAAGCUUAAGCUCCAGCUGUUUCCUAUAGAUGAAGUUACUCAAAAAGGGUUGGAGCAGGAUAAAUAUAACCCUUACCUGGAACUUAUUUUGCCAACUCGUAAGAAAAUCUCAUCAGUAGUGAAACACCUUAAUGUCAAGUGGGGCAGCUCAAAAUCUGCAUCAGGAGAUCUCAUGCUCUUUCCCUACAAUGCUCAUCGGAACAAUCUAGUGAGCUACAGAAGAUGGACGAUAAAAGAAUCUGAUACUAGGGCUGCUGAUGUGUAUGCUGCUGUUGGUAGCCCUGCCAUAUUCCGUUUAAGAUAUGGCUGGUUUUCCAAUCUAGCGCCAACAACCUGUGAGAGACCUCUGGCAUCUCUCCAUUCUGAAGACUGCUUGCAAAUUAAAGAAACUCAAAUUAUCAACGCAAUUGAAGAGAAAAUUCCUCAAUGUCCUGCAUCAAACAUAGAAAAUGGGUCAGCAUGUUUUCAUAAUUCAUUAAACCAAGGCAUUGGUGCACCUCCUGUGCUAGACAAAUCAGUUCAAGACCAGGAUAAAUUUGCCUUACUUUCAUGGGCUGAUUGUCUAUCAAACAUAAGCAUUGGAACCCUACUAUCUGAAGCACAGCUUGCACAGAAUUCAAGUCUUCAGCAAAUUCCAAUAACUUGUGAUUCAUUUGAUGCUGCUGUUGCUUCCAUUAUUGCCCGCGAACAAACCAAAUAUCAGUCAACACAAGUGUCCCAUUCAUCCAUCUGGGAUGCUGAAGAAACAUGUCAUGCAUUUGCAUUCCAAAAGAGCACUUCUUCAAACAAUAAUGAUCCAGCUUCAUCCAGAGAUGCUCCUCCUGCUGCAUGUACUCAGAAUAUCAGUUCAACUUUGGUUAGACCCAAUGAUAUGCUGGGCACUCAGGUGGUGCAUGCAUUACCGGCUGCAACUAAUCUGCAGCUUCCCAUAAAGAAUAAUGCAACUCCAGAACCCACUCCAGAAGCCACAGCAGAUUUGCAGCCUUACGCCGAGGAUGAUGCUAGUAAAGAAUUGAAAACAAGUGCAGAGCCCCUAAUAGAAGAUUCAUGCAACAGUGACUUUGGAAGAGUGGAUAUCUAUUGGCCUCAGUCCUCGGGUCUGUCGGGAUGCAUUACCUCUCCCUCUAGACAGAUGAGCGGUGGUGACCGCAAUAAUCUUGGCACAUUGCUCGAGACAAGUCUAGAUGCAUUUCAGAACGUCUCUAUUUUUUGAUACAGAUAAGGUCCAUCAUGCAUGCAACAGAUUUGGUGUCCUUGGACCAAUUAUCCCCAACCUUUUCUUUCCUGCUGUUUUAGGGUGGGGUAAACAUACUGCAAGGGUCCUCUGAGCUUUCCAGUACAUCAACCGGUGACUGAUGCUAAACCCUGACCUUACCUAAACUUGAUUUGCCUUAGCCAACAAAUUUGGAUCUGGUUCCUCUCUAGUCCAAACUUGGACUGGAGAAGACCUGUCUUGCAGCCAUCCAUGAAUCGUGCAACGGCUGUGAUUGGAUGCGGCACACCACAGCAUGUGGAGCAUGCAGGAGGAUGGGCCCCACCCAAUAACAGCUGUCGCAAUACUCACAAAUGGCCAUGAUCUCUAGGCAGGCCUCUCCGGUUUAGGUCGGGACUGGAGAGAAUCCAGCAAAUUUUCUCCUAGGAAAAAAAAAUUACUAAUCAUAAUUUUACCAGAUAGUCUUGGAAGGGGCUGGAAAUCACGUAGAAGAUGCGUAUACGUAAGCCAUGCAAAGUUCCAAUUUUCUUAUUUUUUAUUGGAUUGGAGGGGUGGGGGAGUGAGUAAGUUCCAACUUUUCUUUCAAGCUAUAUUUGCAAGUCAAUUUGCAGUCUCAUGGAGAACCCACUUGAUAUGAUGAAUUAAUGUCCCCAAAUGUUGGCCCUGUAAAUACUUAAUAUUUGAUGUGGAGAUGGCAACUGGGUCAGCUUGAACUACAUCCGGGUUGGGUCAAAUGCGGCAUAGGUUAAAAAUCGGCCAAC